UUUAAUUCCGCCGCGGACGCACGCAGUCGCUCAGUACGAAAAGUGCGCUCAGACUGUACGAACAUAAAACAUUCAACAAGAAAAAAAGCGUUAACAGUUUGUGUUUAACUGAUUGAGUUUUGGUGAAUUUUUGGAUAUUCUUGGAUUUCUCUGUGCGAAUUGGACACCGUGACGCGCAAAAGGACUUCGUUCGCCAUCAGCAGUCAACUUGUUGAUGUGCUCAAGCAACGUAUAAUGGUUGCCGAAUUAGUAGGCCGCGGUCAAAGUGGUUCUCCAGUCAACGGCGAAACACCCCACUUGAAUUCAAACAUGCCCUCCAGCCACGAAAUGUACCCAACAAGCUCCUCGCCCGCUUCGGACGGCUAUGGCUACAUGAGUCCAAAGGGCAGCUCUAAAGACAUGCUCCCCCAACGUAAACAACGCCUGUUUACCCCAGACAACCAGAAAGAUGAUAGUUAUUGGGAUCGUCGUCGACGUAACAACGAAGCAGCCAAACGCUCGCGAGAAAAACGACGCCUGAAUGACAUGGUCCUAGAACAACGCGUGUUGGAGUUAACCCGCGAGAAUGCAAUGCUGCGCGCGCAGUUGGAGACCAUCCGAGAGGAAUUCGGUAUUGCUGGUGAUCAAGUAGGAGUGUCCAUGGAGAAGGUGCUCGCCGCAGCGAAUGAAAUGCCUCUCCCUAAACGUGCGAAAUUAAGCGGACCUAUAUUUGGUAGUCCUAGCCCUAUACCCACGUCUGUGAUCCACCAGCCCAUGCUCAUGCCAAGCUCACCGUCCCCACAGCCGCAUCAACCACACCAUCCACCUACCAGUCACCAUCCGCCACCGGCGUCGCACCCAGACUACCACCGAGACCAUCGGGAUCACCGUGACCUUCGGGAUCAUCGUGAACAUGUCGAGUUUCAGCAGUAUGCCGCCUUCACACCCUACCACCCCUCACCAAUUCACUACCCAAGUGAGAGCAAUAAUGCGCUGAAUCUGUCCCGGUCCCGCUACCGUGGACGUACACCACCCUAUGACGUCAGUAGUAAUUCUGGUGAUGAAUCAACUCCACUUGCACUCACCACCACCGAAGCAAACAACAGUCUACCAUUAAAACUCCGCCACAAACAACAUCUUGGAGAAAAGGACGCGGCUAAUACCCUGUUGUCCCUUCAGAAUAUCAAACAGGAACCGGAACCUGAACCACGCUCCAGUCCUAGAUACGAUACCGAGGGUUCUAGCGACGAGCGUGAUUCGGGUAUAUCUUUGGGGACCAACGAAAGGGAGACACGCCUGCCAUUGCCGGCUGAAUGGGCGGCCGCUAAUGCCGCCGCUGCAACCCUGCAGAAUCUCCACCAGCAGCCGGCACAGGGUGAACACACCAAGAACAACACGCCGAUGCAUUGCGAGCUGGCGCGACUCACCAACGAAGUGGCGUACCUCCGGUCGAUAAUACCCAAGAAUGCCGCGUCGGACAAGCGUCUGCCCUAGAGCAUGCACGACGCCCUCUGGUGGCGAAUAGUGAGCCGAUUUUUGUGAUUUAGGAGCGCGCCCGCUUUAACUCUAUAUAGUAAAACAUUAACAACUAAACUUAUAUUAUAAUAUCAGGCAUCUCAGCUGAGUUGAAGUUGAUGGGACAUAUCAUUAUUCCGCAAGAGAAGAUAUUUAUUAUUUAGUGUAGGUAUUUAUUACGAUUUUGAGCCAAAACUACCAAAAUGGCUACGGCAACAUCUUUGAAAACGAAAAAAAACUAAAUAUUUUCACUUCUAUACUACACUAUACUUACACUUUUGUUUGUAAAAAAAACUCAGCGCACGCUGUUUGAUGAUAUGCCAAUGUAUUCCUAUUGUUACUCAUUCAUUAUUGCGAAUUAUUAAUUAAAACUAAAACGAAAAAUUCAUCUCAAUUCGGAAACAACUCGUCUUUUCAAAACACACCGCAUGAAUCAUCAGAUUGUUCAUCAUAUCAUUUCGGUAGAAAUUAAUCGUACCUAUUUAUUAUUUAGCUGGAAAAAUGUGUGAUUAUAAAACAAAACUAUUUAUCCUAAGAUUGCGUUUAUUUAUGUAUAAAAUGUAUGUAUUGUAUUUUUGUUAUACGAAGCGCGCGCAAGGGUUGAGUAAGCAUAUUUUACCAGUGCGAGAGAGAAGAGAAAACGGCGGACGUUUUAAGUUAUCUCAUUAAACAUUUAAACAAUUAUGUAUGAUAUGUAUAUGUUUGUAAGACUGUGCUGGACAAUACCUCACACAGAAUACACACAAACACAUAAAACAGAUGAAUGGUUGUGGCGUAGGUAGAAGAGAAAAGAAGGGAAGAAAUUAUAUUCUUAUAUGAACGAUAUUAUAUUUAUAUGCAAUUUAUGUGAAUGAGCAGAGAAGAGAUAGUGAUGAAAUAUAUCAUGUCCAGCACAAUAUAUUGAUACGAUAUUGAUAUAUUCUAUGAUAAUUAAAAUGGAAAAUAUUCUGAUAUAUUUUCAUAUUACCGUUAAAUGUAUCCUAAACAUUAAUAUUAUAUUGAAUAAAUAUUUGCAUCGUUUUUCAAAAAA